GCUGCCAGAAGUAGAAGCAUCUCCCGCUCUCUCUGUAGCCAUCCAGGCUGCUCCGGUUCAUGGAUUAUACACUUUCCCUCCAAGUGCAACAUCAGCUGGCGGUGUUCCCGACACACUUCUACCAGGGCUACAGUGUGGAGUUACAGAUGAAGUCUACAGAAGUGGACCAAGGGCUAUUCACAGACAGCUACUGCAGAGUGUGCAGUGCUCAGCUCAUCUCUGAGUCUCAGCGGGUCGCUCAUUAUGAGAGUCGGAAACACGCCAAUAAAGUACGGCUGUAUUACAUGCUACAUCCUGUGGAUGGAGGCUGCCCUGCCAAGAAGCUCAGAACAGACAAUGGGAAUGAUGAGGGUGACGUGGACAAGAAUAAAUGUUGCACACUGUGUAACAUGUCCUUCACAUCAGCAGUGGUUGCACAGUCACACUACCAGGGUAAAAUCCAUGCCAAGCGGCUAAAACUGCUACUGGGGGAGCAGCCUGGCAUCACAACCAAAGAGGUAUCCCCCAGCAUUGUACGGAGCUCUCCAGACACAUCUCCCAUAACCUCCCCACGACAGCGACGUGACUCGGACCGCUACUGCCAACUAUGCAACGCUUGGUUCAACAAUCCCGGCAUGGCUCAACAACAUUAUGAUGGCAAAAAGCACAAGAAAAACGCUGCCCGAGCAGACCUUCUGGAGCAACUGGGGAAGACUCUGGACAUGGGUGAGAUGAAAGGUCUGAAACGGAGCUAUACUUGUGACGUGUGCAGCGUGACAUUGAACUCGGUGGCGCAGUACCAUGCGCAUCUGCAGGGCUCAAAGCACCAAAACAAUCUGAAGAAUCAGAUAUGUGUCCAGUGAGCGUGAGACGCACAGACAAAGCAACUGGAUUGAUGUCAGACAAGCUGCGGUCAGCUUGCCCUGCUUUUUUCUCUCUGCUCUGCUUCUGCUCUGCGAGCUGUCUUGAUUUUCUCUCUCUUCUGUCUUUCACCAUCAUGACUGGCCUGACCUGGCCUGGAAAAUGGAGGAAAGUGUUUCUUUGUCUUUCCUACUGUAGCACUGCAUCAACUGUGUGACCUGAGAGAGAGAGACAGAGAGAGAGAGAGAGAGAGCACUACACAGUACAUAGCAGUGGAAAGAUUAUCUUUGCACGGCUGGCCACUGCAGUUCCAUACUAUGUUCCUUUUCCCUCGGCAGUUCAACUGAGUUCAAAUAAAUGACAAUGGAAUGAAUUAUCAUGUCCUGUCUGCAUUACAAAGGUGCAUCUAUGACUUGAAAAUAAACCGUCCUAUGUUUUUAUUCCUUAAAUAUAAAUAUGUAUUUGGAAUUUUAAGAAAGUGUAUGUUUAUUUGCAUUAAAUGGCAAUAACGACAUUGGUUGGACUAUUUGUGUGAAUUGUUGUACAAAACAUAGAGACUUUAGGUCCCUCAGAUCUGUGGAUUGUGAUCGGGACAACAGAGAAACAGGCCUUUUGUUGUACGUAGAAAAAGUUUUACAUCGUUGAAUUCAGCUCAUGAAAGAUGGGAGCGGUUGCGUUCAUAUUUUUUUUGAGUAUACAGUAAUCCCUAGUUUAUCGCGGUCAACUGCUUCCAGACCCGACCGUGAUACGUCAAUAUCCGCGAAGUAGGAUUCCUGAUUUGUAAAUUGUCAUAGUGACAGCAUGGAAAACCUGUUUACAACUUUCUAAAUACAGUUUUAACAUCAUUAGAGCCCUCUAGAAAUGAAAUAACACCCCUAUAGUCACCUUUACACUGCAUUACUCAAUAUAAUAAAAGUAAAUAAGCCAUUUAAGACAUAAAUAAGACUUAUGCUCGUGUGUUGCUGUAAAUGUUUUCGGGUGCUAGGGUAACUGUGUGGGGGGGGGCGGACAGGAAGUGACGUUGGGGGUUCAGAGUUGAGUUUUAGCUUGUUGUGUAUUACAGCAGCAACAGUAGCCCGUGUUAGGGAUUAUUGUGCCUGUUGUGAGAUCAUUCAAACCUGCAAUAAAAGCCUGUUGUUCCAGUGAUCAAGUCUGGUGCUUGUGUGUCUCUCAUUACUGACACCUAGUGACCAGUGCAGAAUACUACAUAUCACAACAUCUUAGAACAGAUCUUCUGAAUGCCUUAUAUUUGUGUACUACUUCAUUUAGACAUUUUCAUGCUUGAAAAUGCUUCAUGUAGACAAAAAAUACGUACAAUUUGCUUAAAUAUGCGGGGGUUUUUUACUAAUAACAGGUCGUAUUCAACCACGCAAGAGCAUGAUUUAUUAAUGAAUAUAUUUUUGAAAAACCGUGAUAGAGUGAAGCUGCGAAAUCAGAAGCGUGAAGUGCCAGGGAUUACUGUAGCUCAAAUAUAAAGUCAGUGCUCAGUGCUCCUACAAUGGUAGCCAGGUUUGUGGGUUUAUGUACUCUAUUAUUGUGCAGGUCACAAACUGUGUGUUUUACUGAAAUUAGGAAACAAAAUGACUUCAUCCAAGAAGAUUUUUGUUGUUCUGUCUGUGAUCAAUGUUUACCAGCCCCCAAAUAAUUCCUCUGGGAGGACGACUUCAGUUUUGUGUGGUCUUCAUCUCAGGGAGAAGUAGUGAACGUGGGUGCUGCUGUGACUUGCUGGUUGGAUCUCAUUCCACUACAGAUAAUUGUAGAAUAAAUUGGUAAAAAUGUCGAGUGGAUGGAACUAUUGGAGGUAUCACAAAAUAAUCUUGAUGUUAUGGAGUGUUUUAAAGAGUAAUCCGGCAUAUACUGUAUACUGUAUGUUUACAUAUAUGCUCAUGUAGCAGUGGUGUCUCUUACAUGUCAUGUUACAGAAUUUGAUUAAACACGUUGUGAAGAUGAUAAACUAUUAUGGAAUUAAUUUUGCAGUAUAAAUCAGCGGAUUUCAAAGUGUAAGGCCGGCCUCCCCUCAGAGGAACCAUAGGACUUCAGGGGAGGUGCAGCAACUAGAGAAACGAACAAAUAAAUAAAGCAUUUGUACGAGGGGUGCACAAUAAAUCAAUCGCGUUUGAAGAAUUAUGACUUCAUACCGAUAAAUCAGAUAACACAGCUGUGAUAACCAAUCAUUUAAAAAACGCUCCAAUGAUGUGAGAUUGCCUGUGCUGUGCUGUGCUGUAGAUGGGCAUGUGCAAAUCAAGUGCUCCUUUUCUCCUACAUGUGACGUACUGUAAACACAUCCCCCCUGCCUCCGCAAACACUGUGCGACGAGAGAGAAAAAAACAUCGACCCUCAACACACCAAACCCCACCAGCCACCCAAAAGGGCAGCAUCACCAUGAUGGUGCCUGGAAAGAUGCCCGCGCUGCAAAACAAGUUGCCCUAAAGCCAGUCGCAAAGAAAGGCCCGGGGCCUUCUCCCAUCGCCGCGCCGCCCUCCGCCAUCGUUGAAGACACCGGGCCCCCUUCGGCAAACCAUCCCGAGCCACAAUUUGUACUUCUGAGUGGCCGCUCCUUGUUAUUUUUUUGUAAAUGGUCCUGAUGUCAUGAUAUGUGGCAUGUUUUAGGACAAAUCUACAAGUACAGUUCUUCAAAUCCAAAUUUGUUUGAGUCGUUCUUAUCUCUAGGUGUGCACAAACUAGUUAAAUCUAAAUGUAAAAAAAAUAGUAGAUAUAAAAAGUUAGCAAUAUCGUUCUUGUGAAGCAGGAAGUUAUCGGUAUCGGCUUGAAAAAAUAUAUAUCGUGCAUCCCUACUUUGUACAAAAUUACAGAUAGUCCUGUGGUUAUGGCAUUCUGUGAUUCCGUUUAAUUGCGUGUUCCCAUAAAUUAAUAAAAAGCAUCAUUAUGGUCCAUAAAUACUCGACUCGCAAGAGAACCAGUGUCACACAACACAAAUGAACACAGCGUGUGACUCAUUCACAGCUACAUGGAGUCGAUAACAUCGCUUAUUAGUUCACUUUUUGCACUUCAUUAUGCCUCCCAAGCAUGGAAAUGUGGAAAUGUGCCAAGGAAAAGAAAAGCCAUCACCAUGGAAGGGAAAAUGAACAUCAUACAAAGCUCCCAAGAGAGGAGAAGCAGCCACUAAUGUUGGCCGCACUUUUGGUUUGAACUGUUCAACUGUCGUGACCAUCAUCAAGGAUAAAGAUCAUAUCCUUGAUCAUGUUAAAGGAAUUAACGUUUUAAUUGUUCCAAUUCUGUAUAUUCUGUCCUCCUUAUGUUCUGUGUACAGUGUGAGUGACAUCUAUAUAUGUAUGAGAUCUAACUUGCACCAAAACUCAACUUACAUCACAAUCUCAGAACGUAACUCAUUCGUAACCAAGUGUGACCAAACGAUGUGUCCCGUCCUGGCUGUCCUGUUUUUGUUUGUUUUUCUUUAUUAGAAAUUGAUGGAAAUGUCCUGGUUUUCAUUGGGCCAUUACAUUGACUAGCAUUGGGGCACAUUGUAGCUUUUUAAACUAGUGUUGCCAAAAAGAAAAAGCAAAAGUUAAUCCUCUGACACUUGCAGAGUUGAAUUCUCAUAAAUUUGGGAUGUCAUGCACAACAGCAGUUGAAAUGACCAAGUUUUGAGACUUUAGAAGGCAUAUUUCCAGAAAAAAUUGGCUACAUUCCAAAACUUUACAAGCAUUUCACCGCAGGUUCCUCUAAUGUUCUUUGGUAAUACAGUGGUGCCUUGGUUAACGUCAUUAAUCCGUUCCAGAAGGUCCAACUCAAACCAAAACAGACUCUAACCAAAGCAAAUUUUCCCAUUGAAAAUAAUGUACGUAAAUCCAAUUAAUCCGUUCGGACAUCCAAAAAUGUUAACACGAAACACAUUUUAUAGACAAUAAUUCUAGUUUUACAUGCAGAAACAGAGGCAGAGACAAUUACAAAUAACGAAUGGACAACUGAACAUCACUUUUACCUAGUUUUGUUGAGAAAAAAAAACACAAAACCAUCAAUUAACAAAAUAAACAUAUUCCGCUGCAAGCACAAUUUGCAAAAAUAUCAAAAACAUAUCAAACUAAAUAUCAACAUUCUAGAACCAAUGAACAUGUACUUUGCCGUUUAAUAUAGGGGCAGUGCGCCGUCGAAGAUGCGUGUGCUAUGUUUGACUCCCUGCCGCGAACAUGCUACGGUAAGUUAGAAUGCUUAUGUUUUGUUGUUGGAACCAGAAAUGAGUGUUAUGGACGUAAAAUGAGGCAGGCAGAAACGAUAAACUGUUACACGGGAAGCGGAGAUGUGUAUGCAUGUAUGUGUGUGUGCACUGCAGACGAUGACGGAGCCACCUCUGAGCCGUGCCUCUGAAAUGACAACGGUCUUCUCUUUAAGCCAUAAAAUUCAGAGGUCUUGUCUCAGUACAGUCCAUUGCCUUUGUAUUUUGUGCGAUCCAGGUAUUUUGUUACGUCGUCUCUCUAGUGCAGCAAAUCUGAUAAAAACAAACGCGGUUGGUCUAAAAAGCCGCCCGUGGACCAUAACACAUUGCGCGAUCAGGUGCUAGUAUCACGACAUUUCGUCUUUGGUGUGUGAUCCAAGAAUGCGGCGUAAAUAAAGCGGAAGCUAUUUUGGAUGCUAAACAAGCGGCGAACGCACGCCGAAUAUUUUGGAUAUUAACUGUAAAAUGUGCUAACCGGAGCGGACAUUAACCGAGGUAACAAUUUUCCAUCCAUACAGAGAGGGGCAUACUUAGUUUUCGCGAAUCCAAAUAUGGCCACCCUAUGACCACCUGUAUACGGUUUAUCUUCAAACAAUUUUAAUUCAAACCUGCUAAGCUAACUAACUUCAGUGAAAAGGCAAAAUGGAUAGAUUUUUUUUUAUUUUUUUAGUAAGUUUAGUGAGAGAGUAAAGAGAGUGUGGGGGUGAGAAGGAGGCCCCAACCAUUUUGGUUUCUCUGGGUUGGCGGCUCAAUGUGCCACACUUUGAAAACCUCUGCUAUGAAUGAUUGACAAGACAUCUGGAAAAUAUUCACAGCGCUUCACUUUUUCCACAUAUGUUAUGUUACAGUUUUAUUCCAAAAUGGAAUAAAUUAAUUUUUUUCCUAAAAAUUCUACACACCACAUCCCUUAAUGUUAACAUGAAAAAACUAUUUUUAAAAAUGUUUGAAAAUCCUGUAAAAAAAAAAAAAGUAAUAAAUCACUUAUGUUUUAAGGGAGUGGCUUCUGUCUGGUCACUGUACCAUACAGCAGAGGUGUGGACUGGAGGUACGCGAAUUGGACUCGAAUCAGACUCAAGUCACAAUUUUGAUGACUUUGGAAUCGACUUGACACCAGAGAUUUAAAACUUGAACUUUGACAACACUGAUUUGGGACUUAACUCAGACUUUAGUCUGAUGACUUGACUUUUGUUAAGCAAAAUGUGUCCCCAUUUUCAUAUUUUCCAUUUGAAUCUACCUCACUGAAUGCAUCUAUUAACAUCCAAUCACGUUUAAGAACAAACAACGAAUGUGUGGACUAUAUUUCUGUGUCACACUGGUUUUAUUUUAAUUUAAAAAAUAUAUAACAAUUCAAAAUGCAUUCAUUGUAUUUGUCAAAUUGAAUAGAUUGCUGCAUUGUUAAAAUCACACUAAACUAUGCUUCUGACUUGUAAGGACUCAAGAAUUUCAAGCCUAUGACUUUGGAAUUGACUCGACCUGACUUAUCUUGACUUGGACUUGCAUGUCUUUACUUGAGACGUGACUCGAGAUUUGAGAUUAAAGACUUCAGACUUUCAAAAUAAGUGACUUGCGGGAGCAAGAUGCCAAAGAGGCAUGAUUGCUACAGAGAUGGUUGUCCUUCUGGAUGGUUCUCCUCUCUCCACAAAGAGCUGGACCAUCGGGUUCUUGGUCACCUCCCUGACUAAGGCCCUUCUCCCUGUUUCACUCAAGCCAGCCAGAUCUUCUUGGGACCUUGAAAGCAGCAGAAAUGUUUGUGUACUCUUCCCCAGAUUUGUGUCUGGAAACACUCCUGUCUCGGAGGUCUCCAGACAAUUGCUUUGACUUCAUGCUUGUACGUGCUCUGACAUGCACUGUCAACCGUGGGACCUCAUGUAGACCGGUGUGUGCCUUUCCAAAUCAUGUCCAAUGAACUGAAUUUACAACAGGUGGACUCCGAUGAAGCUGUAGAUCUCAAGGAUGAUCAGUUGGAACAGGAAGCACCGAAGCUCAAGUUUCAGUUUCACCACAAAGGCUGUGAAUACUGUAUGUACAUGUGAUAUUUUCACCCCCCAAAAAAUAUUUUCACGUUGUCAUUAUGGGGUACUGUGUGUAGAAUGUUAAGGAAAAACAUGAAAUUAAUCAAUUUUGCAUAAGGCUUUUAACAUGAAAAAAUGUGGAAAAAGUGAAUACUUUGCGGAUGCGCUGUGUUCUGCGGGCGUCUUAGGUGCUGAAUCAGCUGCAGAGCUGUGUGGGAUCAAAAUGUAGCGUUGACUCGACUGUUAAAGCGUUUUAUUUAGCAAAAAAAUGAAAUUGAAAUGAUUUAAGUUGAAUUUUUAAGGUGGGGGAAAAAUUCACAAGUGAGAGACUAUUGUUGGUAAUAUGAACUAAACUUUAUAGAAAUGUGUUUUUCUAUUGCAAAUAAGAAGUGCAUGUGUGAUUUGUUGUUGCAAGUUGAAAAAAACUCAACUGAUUUGCUUUGCUCGUUCAAAGCCAGAAUAAUUGCUUUGGAUUGUCAUUGUCCUCUGAUCGCUGGCUGUCCACAUCUCCCUUCCCCUAGCCCCCUUGUGCUUCGGGUUAUGUGCUUUAUUGUGUCUCAGAAAUUCCAAAAUAAAUCAAUAAAACACACUAUGUAAACUGAAUUCCGACCCUUUUUAAUGACCUCAGCGUUUUGGUGAACUUGGCAAACACACACCACAAGUGUGCAAAUAAAAAUGGCCUUGUAUUGUGGCCAGUCGAAGGCACACCUGUGCAGUAAUCAUGCUGUCUACUCAGCAUCUUGAUAUUCAGCACCUGUGAGGUGCAAAAGAGUGCUCACUAAAACAGAUUUGUGUACAAUAUUUGAGAGAAAAAGACCUUUUGUGUAGAAAGAAAACAUUUUGCAAAUUCUGUAAUAUUCCAAUAAUGUUUGA